CCGAGGCAGCCGCGGCGGCGGCGGCGGCGGCGAUGGCCCGGCGGGGCAGCGGGGGCGGCGGGCAGCGCCUCCCGCUGCCGCUGCCGCUGCUGCUCCUGCCGCUGCUGCUCCUGCCGCCGCCCGCCGCCGAUGGGCUCUUUGUGACCGACUACUUCACCCGCACACCACGCAAGCUCAGCCCCUUCCGCUCCUUUGCCAGCAUUGAACUCUUCCACUUCCACAUUCCCGAGGACACAGUCAUUGCCGUCUGGAAUCUCAUCACCUUCAAGGAGCAAGGUGGCACAUUUGGGGAUCAAUGUCCAGACCGUAGCAUCACCGUGUAUUUCCGCUCAGGGGCUCCCUCCGUCAUUAACCCGCUGCACACGCACUUCCCCAGGGACACGGCCGUCCCUGGCUCCUUCGCACUGACCCUCACCUGGACCCUGCCCAACCGCACCACGGGAGUGUUCAAUGUCACCAGCCCACUGCCUGGGGAUUGGUUCCUGGCUGCCCACCUGCCCAAAGAUGAGGGCAAGAUCUCUGUAAAGGGGCUCUACGAGGAGUGCCAGUAUCUCUUCCAGCCACAGCUGAUUGUGCAGCGCCUGGUGAACAUCGCUGUGCUGUACCCUGGUCAUGUCACCGAGCAGAGCAUGGCCCCCCACAACCGCUCCUGCCUCUACAAGGUCUUUGUGCCCAGCUACACAUCGCGAGUGCUCGUGGAGGUGCUGCGGUGCCGUGGGGCCGAGGGCUGCCCGCUCUGGCUGCGUGUGCGGGCCAAGGCUCCCCCCCUGCACAACUCCACAACCCUGGACUGCCGGGAACACACUCCCUGCCAGCUGGCACAGGACCUGCCCUUCUGGCAGCACUGGUACUACGUGCUGGUGGAGAAACACCCUGGGGUGCCGGGCACUGUCUCCUUCCAGGUCACCGUGCAGCUCACAGAUUGUUCCCGACCCAGCCUGGCCCGGCCACCCUUCCUGCCCUCCAGUGCCUCCAUGAACAUGCCCCACUCCUUUGGGUCUGCGGGCGGGCUGGCACUGGGGGACAGCCCUCCACCCACCAGCCCAAAUGACACGAAGCAUCCAGUCCCCAUCCCUGCCACCUCACAUGCCGGAGAGCGGUGCUGGCCUGUCCGGCCCACGCUGCGCAACGAGCUGGACACCUUCUCCGUCCACUUCUACAUCUUCUUCGGGCCCAACGUGUCAGUGCCACCUGACCGCCCUGCUGUCUUCGUCAUCAACCUCCUGCCAGUGCUGGACAGUGGUGGGGUGCUCAACCUGGAGCUGCGGCUCAACGUGAGCUCCCUGUGUGGUGAGAAUGUGACAGUGUUUGGGUGUCUAAACCAUGAAGUCCCACUGACAUCCGGUGACAACACCUCGGUCACCUGUGAGACAGAGUCUCUGGCAGGCUUCCUGCUCUCCGUUAACGCCACAGCCACCCUCAGCCGCCUGCGGAUCCCAUACCCACAGACAGGCAGCUGGUACCUGAGCCUGCGCUCUCUCUGUGCCACGGAGCACGGGUUUGAGCCCUGCACCAAUGUGACAGCUGAGGUGUACCUGCGCGCCUACCUCUCACCCUGCAUCAAUGACUGCGGCAUCUACGGCCAGUGCAAGCUGCUGCGCACCAACAACUACCUGUACGCUGCUUGCGAGUGCAAAGCUGGCUGGAACGGCUGGGGCUGCACGGACAACGCUGAGGCUUUCUCCUAUGGCUUCCAGCUCCUCUCCACACUGCUGUUGUGCCUCAGCAAUGUCAUGUUUGUGCCUCCCGUGGCCAUUGCUGUCCGCAGCCACUACCUCCUAGAAGCUGCCGUCUACAUCUUCACCAUGUUCUUCUCCACUUUUUACCAUGCCUGCGACCAGCCGGGUAUUGUGGUGUUCUGCAUCAUGGAGUACGAUGUGCUGCAGUUUUGUGACUUCUUGGGCUCUCUCAUGUCUGUCUGGGUCACUGUCAUCGCCAUGGCCCGGCUCCAGCCCAUAGUCAAGCAGGUGCUGUACCUGCUGGGGGCCAUGCUGCUCUCCAUGGCUCUGCAGAUGGACCGUCACGGGCUCUGGAACCUUCUGGGGCCCAGCCUUUUCGCUUUGGGGAUAAUGGCCGUCGCCUGGACGGCUCGCACCAUCCGUCGCCGCCACUGCUACCCACCGACCUGGAAGCGCUGGGCUUUCUACCUGUGCCCAGGGGCGCUGAUCGCAGCGGCGGCCGUGCUGCUCUACGCCUUCGUGGAGACAGAGGAGAACUACUUCUACAUCCACAGCAUCUGGCACCUGCUCAUUGCCGGCAGCGUUGGCUUCCUGCUGCCGCCCCGUGCCAAGCCCAGCAGGCGCCUGGGGCCGCUGCCCCGGCGCAAGGGAUGUGGGUACCAGCUCUGUGUCAAUGAGCAGGAGGAGCUGGGGCUCGUCGACCCCGCUGUGGCCUCCAUAAACAGUAUUUGUACCAGCUGAUGCUGACGCCAGCUCAGACUCCUCUGUCACAGACAGCAGCCCUGUGGGGCUUGGCACCCACUCUCUUUGCUGGCCACCCAUCUCUGGGAGUGCCAGGACUCCUCUGGGCAGGCACACAGCCACCUGUGCCACCCUGUUCUUCCAAUUACAGCCUGAUUGAACUUGU